UCGGGACAGCCACCCAGGCGCAGUCUCGGGCGGGAGGACGCCGAGCAGGGUGGCGCGGGCUGGGGCCGGGGCAGCCGCCUCCCGAAGAUGCAGGAUGGCAGCAGAACAGCCGUCCAGCCUCUCCUACCGCACCACGGGCUCCACCUGUCUGCACCCGCUCAGCGAGCUCCUGGGCAUCCCGCUGGACCAGGUGAAUUUUGUGGCCUGCCAGCUCCUUGCUCUGUGUGCUGCUUUCUGGUUCCGCAUCUACUUAAGUCCCGGUAAAGCCAGUCCCCAUGUCCGGCAUGCAUUUGCUACCAUUUUUGGCAUCUAUUUUGUCAUCUUUUGUUUUGGCUGGUACUCUGUGCAUCUUUUCGUGCUGGUGCUAAUGAGCUACGGAAUCAUGGUCACUGCAAGUGUAUCCAACAUUCACAGAUACUCCUUUUUUGUAGCAAUGGGAUACCUUACAAUAUGCCACAUCAGCCGGAUAUACAUCUUCCACUAUGGAAUUCUCACUACAGAUUUUUCUGGGCCCCUGAUGAUUGUCACUCAGAAGAUCACAACCUUAGCGUUCCAAGUUCAUGACGGACUAGGCCGAAGAGCUGAAGACCUUUCCACUGAGCAACAUCGACUUGCUGUAAAAGCAAAACCCUCCUUUUUGGAAUACUUAAGCUACCUUCUCAACUUCAUGAGUGUCAUAGCUGGCCCUUGUAACAAUUUCAAGGAUUAUGUAGCCUUCAUUGAGGGGAGACAUACACACAUGAAAUUGCUGGAAGUGAACUGGAAGGAAAAAGGUUUCCACAGCCUGCCAGAACCUUCUCCCACUGGAGCUGUGAUACACAAACUGUGCAUGACCUUGGUGUCUCUCCUGUUGUUUCUGACCCUCACAAAGACCUUCCCUGCCACCUGCCUGGCUGACGACUGGUUUGUUCACAGAGCAAACUUUCUGGCUCGGCUCUGCUACCUGUACGUCGUCAUGCAAGCCUCGAAGCCCAAGUAUUACUUUGCCUGGACGUUAGGUGAGUUCCACGGAGCGGUGCUACGUGAGACUGCCACAAGUUUCAAAAUGUAUGUAGACAACUGGAAUAUUCAGACAGCUUCUUGGCUGAAGCGAGUGUGCUACGAGCGGGUUCCCCGGUACCCCACAGUGCUCACCUUCAUCCUGUCUGCCUUGUGGCAUGGUGUCUAUCCUGGAUACUAUUUCACCUUCUUAACUGGAAUCCUCGUCACACUAGCAGCCAGGACGAUGAGGAACAACUACAGACAUUACUUCCUUUCUUCGAAAGCCCUCAAGGCUGUCUAUGACACGGGCACCUGGGCUGCCACGCAGCUGGCCAUCUCGUACACGGUCGCACCCUUCGUUCUGCUGGCCGUUGAACCGACCAUCAGCUUAUACAAAUCCAUGUACUUUUACUUACACAUCAUCAGUCUCCUGAUCAUCCUGUUCCUGCCAAUGAAACCACAAGCUCAUGGUCAAAGGCGGUCUCAGACUCUGAACUCUGUUAAUAAGAAAAAAACAGAUUGAUACCUCUAAAAAAAAAAAAAAGCUGAACGCAUAAGACUGCAAAUCUUUGAUCAGAUGAGAUGGAGAGACUCCAGAGUUCUCCGGUGACUUAGACGCCAUGUUUACAUGCAUCUUUUUUGUUUUCAUUUCUUAAGUGCAGGGAGUAUUUUUAUAAAGCCUUUUUGUACCGUUAAAUCAGCCACGUCCAGUUGAUUUGUUUUAAUAUUUUGUAGGACGUGUGAGUGGGGUGGGGUAGGGGAGAAUGUGCCAGAACGGCAGGGACAGUGCAUUCCGGGCAGCUGGGUCUCUGCUUUUCCGGCAUGAUUUCCAGCCACUGAAGUCCGGAUGCUGGGAACCUGGACGUCUACUCCAGAAGUUAGAAGGUGAAGCCAAGGUGCCUUGUCUGCCAGAACAUACCCAGAGAUGGUUAUUCCCCAGGGAGCCCCAGGUCCUUUGACUGGCGACAUCACUGUUUUCAAACACAGUAACUACACUCAGAAGACUGCCGGGGAGGGAUUGCAUGGAGGGAAGUUUCCAGAAUACAGAAAACUUGACGAGCCAGGAGGACCGACCGUGAACGGAUGUUUGGAUGGACUGAAGGUCAGGCAUGCGUCCUGAAGUUGGCUGUUUUUUUUCCCCAGGGAUGAAACCCUUCUUUUGCUCCUGAAAUGAGCCAGGAUUGGAAAUCAGAAGGUCCCCUGUCCACGUCUCCCAGGAGCUGUUUUCCAGGUGUUUUCCUUUGCGUUUGCGCCUUCUGCGUGCCCAGGGAUGGCGCCGAGAAAACACCCAAAUUUCGCACCACCGAGGCAGCACCGUGUCUUUUUAAAAAUAAUUUUUCUUAAAAGUUACACUGAAGUUUGGGAAGAAGAGGCAGAUACUGUUGUUUUCUCCUCUCACUUCACAGAGACAUGUUGAUGACCAUGGCCAUGAUGUACGUUCGGGCCGGUCCCCCCCCCUUUUUUUUUUCCAGUUUCACAGCUGAUUAAAUCUGACUUCGUUUUAGUUGACAUCCUAUCGGAAAGCAGAAAUUGAAAGACAGUUUUCUUUUCUAUCUUUGCAAUGAAUGUGCUGUGGCUCCUUUUGGGAACUUCUGUUGGGUGAUAUUCAAUGUAGGAGAAGGAAACAUGUUAAAUGUUGUGGAAAAUUAAUAAUAAUAAUGAUAGUAAAGUACAUGCCACCAGGUUGUUCCCUCAGUCACAUACCUUGGCAGGAGAGAAUUUGUUCACAUCAAAUGAAAUGGUAAAAAAAUUAGUUUCUUACUAAAUGAAUGCUGCGUUUCUAUAUAAAGGAAAUAUUUCUGAGAAGAA